GGAGAACUGUUAAUCGUCAUUGCUGUUAAAUAAAUUUACAUUGUUUAUCGCUGUAGGCAACUCAUUUGUGUUACCUUUAAAUUUAAUUUAAUAUUGCUUCUUGAAGAUACGUACUGCGAUAUAGACGCGUGUAAAAUGAAAAGAAAAGGUGUCAAAACCGCAUCGCGGAAAAUAGUUGCUGCGAACUUUCCGCCUAGAAGAAUACCGGCAAAUGUCUUGAAACGCACUCUGGAAAUCGCCAAUAAUCCCGAGGAUGGAUAUUGGCUAAAUAAGAACACAUCAUGCGUGCGUUCUAUUAGCUAUGAAUUGUACGUCGAAACAAAACCAUCUAUUAUCUCUGAAAAACUUCGGUUGGCCCGGAAUUGCCUGAUGACGCGUGAUUAUAAGAACUUGGCCAAAAUACUGGCCUCUAAUCAUUACGGAGAAAAGUCGCUCCAAAGGGCCGCAUUCAAGGUGUUUACGGAAUACGCGAGCUUUCUUAAAAAUUACUCCAAAGAAAGAACAGAGGAAUCAAAAUCGGAAGAAAAACCGGAUUCUCCGAAAAGUCCCACGAUUGAGGAAACAAUAGACGACUUUUUAUCCUAGUUUAAGUACCUUUUAAUUUGAAAUUUCCAUUAAGUUCAACAAAAACGACUGCAUUAUUUUUGGUAAAAACACAACCUUAUAUAUGUGUAUAUAUGUAAUAAGCGUUAUGUUCUUCCUUUUAUUUGACUUACAUAUAAUAUCAAUAUUUUUUAAGGUUUUGCUAAAUAAAUACUGAAACGUG